AUGUCCAUCAUCUUCAGGGGCGAUCAGCCUGCCCUUCCCAGGUGGAAAAAAAAAAAAAAGCAAGAGUACCGUUCUGGCACAUGUAGUGCCAGGGAUCAAGUCGGGACCUCACGCCUGAGCGUCUGCAGCAGUGUGGGCGGAAGGGGGAGCCGGAGCCCAGAAUGGGGGUCGCUGGGGGGACUUAGGGAGGCUCGUGCGGCGGGACCCCUGGGGGUCUGGAAAGGGGGACUCGGGACUGCGGGGACUCUGGGGCUGCAGCAGGCUGCUGAGGGUCGCGUGGGUCCGGGCGCCAGUGGGACCUGCGCGCACGCGUUCAACCCGGACUUAGGGGACCGCCCUGGGCCUGGCCCCGCCCACGCGGCGCCGUGGUAUGACGUCACGGCGGGCGCCGGAAGCGAGCUGGGCGUUCUGUUGCCGGUCAACGAGCGCGUCUCCGUGCCCCGGGCGGGCGAGGCGGCGUCUCGGCCAGGUUCCAAGUCAAGACAAUUCUGGAGAGCUCUGCAAAGCAGCAUGGCCCCAGCUGCUCGGUGCCCCUGGAGCCUGUCUCGCUGCUGGGAGAACACCCUUCUCGCCCUGGAAAUAGCCCCGUCUGGAGGGGUGCCGACCUCAGAAUGCCAGAGGUGCCAGGCCAGGACAGCCAGAGGGGCCUGGUCCAGACCACGCUGUCUGGGGUGCCAGGCAGUCUCUCUCUGAAGCCCCCAUCUCCAAGGCCCAAGACACAGCAGUUUCAUGCUCCCUGGAGCCUAGCACUGGUGUGGUUGCACAGGGAUGCUGGGUGACAGCAGGCCUGGCCAGGACAUCUCCAGAGGCACAGCAACCCCCCUUGAAGUGCCCAUGCAGGGCUGGUGCUCACUGAGAAGGGGCAUCCGUGGGUUACUGUCAGGUGCUGGUCGCCCAGCCCAGGGCUAAGGGAGGGAGGGGCUGCUUCCCUAAGUCCCUGGAGACCUCAGGAGGGCCCCUUUUCCUGACAGGCCAGCUGGUCACAGGUAUGGCCCUCCACAAAGUCAGGGGGCCAACCUCCCCCAGGUUUCAUUCAAUAAAAUGGCCUCUCUCAUUUC